CGACCAACUAGAAUCUGAGUAAGCACACUACCAAACUCUUAGCAACAAUGGCAGCUAAGAUAUUUGUCCUUCUUGCACUCCUAGCUCUUUCGGCUAGUGCCGCUACUGCAGUCUUUAUUCCUCAAUGCUCUUCACCGCUGAGUGCUGCUGCCAUGGCCACUAUUCCGCAAUACUUCUCACCAUUGACGGCCGUGGGAUCUGCACACUCAUUCCAGCAAUCCUACAGGCAACAACAGGCUUUCACGACAGCGAUCUCACCCUUGGCUGUGGUAUUGCAACAACAACUUGCUUUCCAACAUCAGAUUCAGGCAAUCGCAGCAGUGCAGCAGCAACAACAGGUGCUCUCGCACCUAUUCAACCAGCUGGCCGUUGUGAACCCCGCAGCGUACUGGCAGCAACAACAACUGUUUCCAUUUAACCAACUGGCCGUGGCGAACCCUGCCCUCUACUUGCAGCAACAACAACUACUACCAUUCAACCAACUAGCUGCACUAAACCCUGCCGCGUUCUUGCAACAACCCAUCAUUGGGAGUGCGUUCUGCUAGAUUAUCUAUAAGUUGUACUCCAAUAAUAAUAAUGUAUGCAUGAAGAUGCAUGUGACUCCUCAG